AUGCCUCCCAAACUCCGUGGCACGCUCUCCAAGAGCCUGUCGCAGAUUCAAGACUCCUCCUCUUCAUCCUCCUCAUCAGUCUUCUACUGCCCGUCCUGUUCCACCUGGCGCCGCUCCCUUUCCUCGCGUCGAACCCGACUACAAUUACCACAGCAACAACAUCAACAACAAUCAUGGGCAUCCUUGCAGCGUAGCGGCAUUGCGACCACAUCCGUUGUCCACACAAGACAUAUCCCUCCCCGAUUGAAGGAUUUACAUGAAGCUCUGAACCGGGUCAAGGAUGUUGCGCCGGAACAGGUGAACUUGAGUCGGUUGCAGCUUGCGUUGAGGGGAUUGGAGAGUGAGAAGCCGGUUGUUCGAGUUGCUGUUCUGGGUCUGAAUGAUGCGACUGCGGCGCGCAGACUCGUUCGGUUGCUGUUGGCGGACCCGUUGAAUUCGAGGGAGAGCUGGGAGGAUGCGUUGGAUGCGUAUGGUGAGGAUACGGAGAGGGGAUUGCUGAUUCGGUACGGCGAAGUCUCCGAAACAAUCCCCAACGAUCUCCUCCCUACGAUCUCGGUGCCCUCGCCCAUCCUGAAAAAGGGCAAUCUGGAAAUUCUCGUUACGACACUUGGUGCCGAGUCGGCAGGCGUCGCGGACGCUACUCAGUCUCACCCAUUUACGGCUGACACCUUCCUCGUGCCUACAGUUACGAUCCGCACGUCGCAUUCUGGCCGGCAUAAUAUGGUGCGGUAUCCCGUGCAUCGCAGCAUCGUGUGCGGUAGCGGUGUCGAUGGUUUCCUGGCGUAUAGCGGGUUGAUGGCGCGGUCGGACUUGAAGAAGGAAGCUGUGUCGGUCUUUGGGGCUAUUGAGCUGGCGGUCACGGAGCCACAGAAGUACGAUGGCCGGGUUGCGUUUGUGGAUAUCGACAAGGCGGAUGAGGCAUUGGCGAAGUUCCGCGAGUCGGUGCAGAAUGCUUCUCUCUACGAACGCGGCUGGAACAGCAGUGGUGUGCAGCCGGUGGUGGACUGGUUGUCUUCGCUGCGAGCUGAGGAAGGGACGCUGGAUCCGUCCUUGCGGACGUUGAUCACGUCUCUUCUGGAUGCUGCGGAAGCGGGUGCCGCCGCUGCCGAGAAGAGGAAGCUGCUGGAGCAAGAAAGCGGCGCUGUGUCGUGGGAGACUCGCGAUGUGCUUGAGCGGUCUGUGUCCGAGUGGGCGGAGCGCGGGCACACGGAGCUCCGCAGCUCGCUCGAGGAAGGGUUCGCCAGCAAGCCAUGGCGGGGAUUGGCGUGGUGGAAGCUGUUCUGGCAUGUGGACGACGUGGGGAUGAUCACGUCGGAAAUCCUGGACCGUAAGUAUCUGCGCCAGGCCGAGAAGGAGGUUAUCUGGACUGCCGGCCGGUUCCAGCAGGCCGGGCUGACCGAUGCGACUCCCAUGCAAGAGGAGCAGACGUCCUGGCCAGCGCAGAUUGCGACUAGUCGUCGCCGGCUCAUGGAGACGACAGUGCCGUCGCUGCAGGCAUUGGCGCAGCGUCUGGUCUUCUUCAGCAUGUCCACGACCACCUUGACCUCGGCAUUGUCGGCGCUAACCUACGUUUCGCUGCCGACUGCCACCAUCUACGAGACCUGCACGAUGGCCGCUAUCGGACUGAUCUACUCGCUGCGCAACCAGCAGCGCAAAUGGGAGUCCGCGCGACACUGGUUUGAGAACGAGGUACGCGAAGACGGCCGCACCGCGCUGCUGGAGACCGAGACGCAGCUGCGCGAGACCGCCCGCGAGGGUGGCCGACAAGUCGAAGAAGUGACGGCGGAGAAGGACGCCAGAGAGACGAUUGAGCGCGCACGCACAGCUCUGGAGGAGGUCAACUAG